CGUACUUCAUUUGUUUGGUGGUGUUUGUUGCGUGCGGUUGUGGCGUUCCUUUAGGAAAGGAAAAUUCGUUUAAUUUGUUGUGAUGAAUGGGUUUUGUGUGUGAAAAACCAGUGUAAAAGGAUAGUCAGAGGUGCAAAGUGACAGUGUAGUUCCAAUGCUGGGCAGCAUUUAGUGGAUUAAGCUGAAAAUUCAGAGGAUUAAUCAUCCAUCCAACCAAUACACAGUUUGAAUCUCGUGACGUUGAAUGCAUGGUCAAGCUCCAUUUAAUUUGAUUGUCUUGAAAGGAUUUUAAAGUGAAGAGUAACUGGAGGGUGGUGAGAGAUGAAGUGUGGGCGUUGUUGGCCCACUGGGAGGGCAAGUGUUGUGGCUCUUCUGCUCUUGCUGACUGUGGUGAUUGACAAGACAAUUGGUCAGCAGGCUAGUUCACCCAAUGACGUGUAUACUCGAUAUGGAUCAGAUGAUCAGUAUAAUCGAUUUCCAACACAACAGACAUAUGAUGGGCUUGGUUUGGAUCGUGAUACAAAUGAGUUGAAUCCGUUUGGUGUUACGCGAGACAGUGGGUAUUAUGGUGGAACGACUGAUGGGACAAAUUUUGGGGGUGUAAAUCCCUUUGCCAAUGACAAUUUUGGACAACCAAGAGAUCCAAUUGGAUCACCAAGAGAUCCUUUUAGUCAACCUAGGGAUCCUUUUGGACCACCUAGAGAUCCCUAUGAUGGCACUAGGCCAUUUGGAACGGAUGGUAUUAGUGGGACGUUUGGGAAUAGGGAUUUUGGUAGGAAUCCGACAGGAAGUGUUGGCGGAAAUCCUUUUGUUUCUGCAACACGUGAUCGGGAUUUCAAUCCAAAUAUCCUCAAUCCGUUCAGUCGGAACUACUUGGAUGACAAUUUGAUCAUCAAUGAGGCUACAUAUUUUAUCGUAGCCUCUAGGAUGGUGCGUCCUGGACAGAUUUAUCGUAUUGCCGUCAAUGUUGUCUCUACACCAUUGCCAAUUACAGUGAGAGCGAGUAUUUCGCGAAAUGGUGUUGAGAUGACGGCAGAUUCGAAGGAAGUGAAAGAAGGUAUUCCAGAGGAACUCCUUAUGAGAAUGCCACCGACAAGUGUUAUUGGGGAUUACAAAUUGAGAAUUGAAGGGCUGUAUAAUGCCGUUGCUGGUGGCAUUGCCUUUCUCAAUGAGACAAAAGUCACCUUCUCACAGCGUUCAAUGACAAUUUUCGUACAAACGGACAAACCGGUGUAUAUGCAAGGGGAAACUGUUCGUUUUCGAACAAUUCCCAUCACGACAGAACUGAGAGGAUUUGAUAAUUCUGUCGAUGUGUACAUGGUUGAUCCCCAAGGGCACAUAAUGCGACGAUGGCUCUCGCGUCAAUCGAAUUUGGGAACUGUCAGUCUUUACUACAAACUCUCAGAUCAACCACGAUAUGGUGAAUGGACAAUUCGAGUAGUGGCACGUGGACAAGUGGAAGAACAUACGUUCCAAGUGGAAGAAUACUACCAGUCACGCUUUGAAGUUAAUGUGACAAUGCCGGCCUUCUUCUUCAACAGCGAUCCCUUCAUCUAUGGCAAAGUCAUGGCAAAUUUCACUAGUGGUGCUCCCGUUCGGGGAAAUCUCACCCUCAAAGCCACCAUUCGACCGAUUGGUUUCAUCAAUCCAAAGAUUCUCAAUAUGAGAUAUCGAGUGGGCAAUAGUGGAGGCUACCGCAGAGAAGACGAAUACUACAAUCGCGAUGCUAGUUACUACAACCUCUUCGGGCCACAAAACAUCCCUCCUGAUCGUCAGUUCCUCGAUGACCGUUAUCAACAACAAGCCGGCUUCCAGGAUUCCUACAUUGUUGAGAAACAUUUCAACUUUGACGAACACUGGCCAUUUUGGAUGGACAAACCAGAGUACAAUCAGGUCUUUGAUCCCUGGACCCGAUCUUACAGGAAUCAACUACCCUACUUGAGAUUCUUCAAUGGAACCUUUGAAUUCAAGUAUCCAAUGGCUGAACUGGAGCAGUUAGUUCCGAAUCUUUCGGGAAUGGAAGUGUUGAUAACGGCUACUGUUGGUGAACGUUUCUAUGAUGAAGUGAUCGAGGGGUAUGCAAUGGCUAGGGUGUAUAAUUCGUCGAUUAGGGUGUCGUUCUUGGGUGGCACUCCUCAGGUAUUCAAACCAGCCAUGCCUUUCACGUGCUACCUCGUGGCUGAGUAUCACGAUGGAUCUCCGUUGCCUUUUGACAAUUUCUUCUAUGGAACAAUGGAGAUUACUGGAUGGAUUGAGAGUCGAGCUGGUGGACGCAGGGACUAUCCAUUGAGGAAUAUUCGAAUGUCUGAGAAAGAUGGUAUUUGGGAGUUGAAGGUUGACCUGAGGAAUGAUUUGAAUUUGGAUAAUAGCAAGCAAUCCAAUGAUUUUCUCAAUGAGGCUUCUUCAAUGAGACUCAUUGCUAAUUUCAUUGAUUCAAGGGGUGAAAGAGCUAGUACAGAACUCUUGCUACUGGGUCAUCAUUCACCCCUGAAUCAGCAGAUAAAGGUCACAACGAGUACGACUGAUGCAAAAGUCGGAGAGUAUAUUGUACUCCAUGUUCAGUCAAACUUCCACAUGGACAACUUCCACUAUAUCGUCAUGUCCAAGGGAAUUGUUCUGUUGACGGGACUUGAGAAUAUGAAUGAAGGAAUUCGGACGAUGGCUAUUACACUGAGUGCCGAGAUGGCGCCAGUGUCGACAGUUGUAGUUUGGCAUGUUGGCCGUAGGGGUUUGAUUGUUGCUGACAGUUUGACUUUCCCCGUCAACGGAAUUUCCCGCAACAACUUUACAGUGUUCAUUAACAAUCGCAAAGCUCGAACGGGAGACAGGGUUGAAGUUGCGAUCUACGGAGAACCAGGAGCCUAUGUCGGACUCUCAGGCAUUGACAAUGCAUUCUACACCAUGCAGGCCGGCAAUGAACUCACCUAUGCCAAUGUCAUUACGAAAAUGUCGACGUUCGAUGAACAAACAAAUGGAACUUUCAAGCAUAGUUGGUAUUCACAUGAAGGAAAUCCCGAUGAACUUGUCUACUACCCUUCAUCGACUUUUGGUAUUGAUGCCAAUCGAACGUUUGAGUACGCGGGACUUGUUGUCUUCACAGAUGCCAUUAUUCCAAGACGCUUGGAGACCUGCAAUGUCAGUCUAGGGUAUGGAGAAUGUCUCAACGGAAGGUGCUAUAGGCUCGAAAAGGAAUGCGAUGGUUACUUUGAUUGUGAAGAUGGAACUGAUGAAAUUAAUUGUGACUAUCACAAUGCAACGCUCUUGGCGGAUUUCCGAAAGUACAGGUUCAACAGAAUUAAAAGGCACUAUGAGAACGUCUGGCUAUGGAAGGACGUCAACAUUGGACCACAUGGACGCUUCAUCUUCAAUAUCGACGUGCCUCAUCGACCUGCCCUGUGGAUGGUCUCGGCGUUUGGGGUGAGUCCAACGAUGGGUUUCGGAAUGUUGGCUAAGGCUAUAGAGUACGUGGGAGUUCAGCCGUUCUUCAUUAAUGUCGAAAUGCCGAGUGAUUGUCGGCAGGGAGAACAAGUGGGCAUCCGUGUAACAGUCUUCAAUUACAUGACUAAUGCAAUUGAAGCCACGGUUGUCCUACAUGGAUCUCCGGACUACAAAUUCGUUCAUGUGGAGGAAAAUGGUAUUGUGGCAUCCUACAAUCCUCGUACGUCCUUUGGUGAACAUCAGUUCUUCAUCUAUUUGGAGGCUCAGGAAACGUCCAUUGUCUAUCUGCCGAUUGUUCCACAGCGUCUUGGGGACAUUGAGGUGACAAUGCAUGCAGCAACUCUACUGGGAAUGGAUAAGGUAACGAGGAAGCUUCAUGUGGAAGCUGAUGGUUUGCCACAGUAUCGGCAUCAGUCAAUUUUGCUGGAUCUCAGCAAUCGAGCAUAUGUCUUCCAGUACAUGCAUGUCAAUGUGACAGAAACGCCAAUUAUACCAUAUGAAGUUGACAGGUAUUACGUGUAUGGGUCUAAUAAGGCUCAGAUUAGUCUUGUUGGUGAUGUUGUUGGACCCAUUUUCCCCACAAUGCCGGUCAAUGUGACGAGUUUGCUGGAUUUGCCAAUGGAAUCAGCUGAGCAGAAUAUGUUCAGUUUUGCUGCAAAUUUGUUUACAGUGAUGUACAUGAGGUUGAUCAAUCAGCGAAAUAAGACAAUGGAAAAGCAUGCUUUCCAUCAUCUCAACAUUGGGUAUCAGAGACAGUUGAGCUUUAUGAACAAAGAUGGCAGUUUUUCACUGUUUCGUUCGGACUGGAAUCAAUCAGAUCCGAGUGUUUGGCUCACUUCCUAUUGCGUGCGAAUUUUCCAAGAAGCAAGCUUCUAUGAAUGGGAAAAUUUCAUCUAUAUCGAUCCCAAUAUGAUUCAGAAGAGUGUCGCUUGGAUUCUCAGGCAUCAGACGCCCGAAGGGAGUUUCUAUGAAACUACUUGGUCACCGGACAGAAAGAUGAAUUGCACACAGAAUGAGGUUCUUAGAUCUAGAAAUAUUACAUUAACAGCUCAUGUUCUGCUGACUCUGGCCAGUGUCAAAGAUCUGGCAUCUGGAGGAUUGGGAGCGAGAGUGGCAAUGGCACAGCAGAGAGCUAUAGAUUGGAUAGAACGGAAUAUGAAGUUGAUAAAAGAGGUAGGAGGACCGUAUGAAGCUGCCAUUGUCACGUAUGCGUUGAUGCAGAGCAAUGCACCGCAUGCAGAACAAUCCUUCAAUGUUCUGGCAAGGCAUGCCAGAACAAUUGGAGAAUUCAUGUACUGGGGCAAUGAAGAAGUGCCGCAACCACCGACAAAACUCGAAAAUCAGAAAUAUUUCAGUCUGCCGAGGCUUCCGUACAAGUACGACUCGAUGAACAUUGAGACGACGGCGUACGCUUUGUUGGUCUACGUGACGAGAAGGGAGUUGAUGGUGGAUCCGAUUGUACGAUGGCUCAAUGCUCAAAGGCUAAUGGACGGUGGUUGGGCGUCCACGCAGGACACUAGCGUGGCCAUGAAGGCACUUAUCGAGUACACAGUUAGAACGAGGAUCAGGGAUGUGUCGCAGUUGGCGGUGACAGUUGAAGCUACUUCGCUUCCUGGGAAAUCUAAGACACUCUACAUCACGGACAACAACCUUGCAGAACUGCAAAGUAUCGAGAUUCCAAAUGCUUGGGGUACUGUGAAGGUGCAAGCCAAGGGCGCUGGUUAUGCCAUCCUCCAGAUGCACGUUCAGUACAAUGUCGAUGAUAAGAAAUAUCAGACUGCUCCACCUGUUCCUGCUUUCGAUCUCAAUGCCCAUGCAGUCUUCCACGGAAGGAAUCAGUCUCAUAUCACCUACUACUCAUGUCAGAGGUGGAUCAAUGUCAACGAAUCUAUAAGAUCGGGCAUGGCUGUGCUGGAUGUGGCCAUUCCCACGGGAUAUUUCAUGCAACAACAGAAGCUGGAUAGCUAUAUUCUCAGCAGAAGAGUAAGAAAUCUGCAGAGGGCAAAGUAUCAAGAGAAGAAAGUACUCUUCUAUUUUGAUUACUUGGAUUCUGAGGAUAUUUGUGUAAACUUCACGAUCGAACGAUGGUUCCCUGUAGCCAAUAUGUCUCGUUACUUGCCCAUUCGUAUUUACGACUACUACGCACCUGAGCGAUUCAAUGAGACAUUAUUUGACGCCCUUCCGACGUAUUUGCUGAAUAUUUGCGAAGUUUGCGGCAGCUCACAGUGUCCGUACUGUGCAAUUUACAAUGCAGCUAUUAGAGCACCUGUUCCCUUCUUCCUCAUUCUGGGAGCCAUCGUCACAAUCACCAUUCGACACUUUAGACUAACUGGAAGAGGUUUUCUAUCACUAAUCUCCAUGGCAAUGUGGAAUACGUAAAAGAUAUUGAUGGCAAAGGAACUUUAAAAAGCAAUUUUUUGCCAUGUUGUGUUCCAAAAAAAAAAUCAAAUGGAGAUAGAUCGUGAAUGUAAGUUUAAAAAAAAAAUCCUCUCAGUUUUUUUGUAGCUGACAAAUCACCACAAAAAGUAGGAAUAACAAUUUUUAUUGUGAAUAGUGUUUUUUAUAUAAAUGAAAUGAUUUUUUAUUACUUAGAAUCUCUUAGAAUCUCAAAAAAAAAGUAUUUUUUCGAAAAUAUAAUCCCAUCAAUUUUUUGUGUAAGAUCGUCCGACGAAAGAAAAGUGUCUUGCAUGUAAAAAAAAAGAAGCAUGGAAAAGUUCAUAUCAUGAAAAAAAAGAAACAAGAUUAGUUGUUUGACAAUACUUAAGAAAAGAAAAGUUUAUCGAAUGAAGUGAUUUUUUCUCUUGAAAUAAGAAGGGAAAAAAUGUAUAAAAAGAACCAAGAGUUUCUCAUUUAUUAAAGAAAGGAAAAAAAAAAGAACUCAUCUCUUAAUUACAAAUGUAUAUUAAGAAUUAAUCCAGGCCGUCCAUUUUCUGGUCAAUUUUUUUAUUAUUUCAUGUUUUUAUUUUAUGUUUAAUUUUUGCAAAGUCUUGAAAGAUUGUGCGGAAAAAAUAUUUUGUCCAUUUUUUUUAACUCGAAUAUUUUAUUAAUCCCUUCUACGCUUUAGUUUCUUUUUGUUUUUAAAUUUUCUUUUAUGAGAAUGAAAGACGCAAAAUCUGAUAGGAAAAGAAAGAGAAAUUAAAUAUAUUUUAAAAUAUUGCAGUGUAGAAAGGACAUAAAGAAGCGCAAGGGACAAAAAAAAAAAAAAAGAAAUCUCUAUGAGAGAUGAAAAAUAAUUUAAAAAGGAAAUAUCUGUAGUUUUUAAUUGGUAGAUAAUAUGUAGUUUCCACAAAAAGAAAUGCAAGAAAAAUGGAAAGCAUUAUUAAAAAAGAUUUUUCUUGUAAAGUGAAGAAGACACAAAAAAAAUAUUACCCAUUUUUUUCUAAUAAGAAUUCGUAGAUCAGUGUGUAAAUAGUUAAUGAGAGAAAAUCAUUAAUAUGGAGAAAGGAGUUUAGAGAAUUUAAGAUAAACACUAGUAUACCAUUUUUUUUUUGCAAUUUCCAUUCCCCAAAACAAAUGCAUUGAAGGAGAAAAUACUGAUGAUAAGAAAACCUGAGCAUUUAGACAUGAGACAAUGACAAAGUUAGGUGCCUUAAGAGAGAAAGAUUUAAAAAAAAGAGACAAAUUUUCACGAGAAAAAAUAUCACACAAGUCCAUUUUUUUGCCACUAAUAAAGAAAUAUGAGAAAUUCUCAAUGAUGAAAUAAAAUAUAUUUACACCUUCUUUUUUGAUAGUGAAAGGACAUAUUUUAUAUUGUUAACUGUACCUCAGAAAAUAGGUAAAAUACAUUUCUAUGAAUAAAAUGAGAAAAUGAGGAAAAUAA